UGUUAUUCCGCUAAACUUUUAAAGUGUAUUAAAGAAGCUACAUUGCGUUUUGUGAUGGCGGGUGGAGGGAAGCAGACUCUCACUCCAAAGGCAAUUAUACACCAGAGAUUUGGUGCUAACGCAAGCUAUAGAAUUGAGGAAGUUCAUGACUCUUCUCAGAGUGGUUGCCCAGGGUUAGCAAUCCCUCAAAAAGGUCCAUGUCUCUAUCGCUGCCAUUUGCAGCUACCAGACUUUUCUGUUGUAUCAAAUGACUUCAAGAAGAAGAAGGAUUCCGAACAAUCUGCUGCUGAACUGGCUCUCGAGAAGCUUGGCAUUCGUCCUCAGAAUGAUGAUCUUACUGUGGAUGAAGCUUGGGAUGAUAUCACUGGACGCAUAAAGUACAUAUUUUCUGAUGAGUUUCUUUCAGCUGAGCAGCCUCUGGGAGCUCACCUUAGAGCCGCAUUACGAAGGGAGGGUGAUUGCUGCGGCUCAGUUCCUGUUUCUGUCAUUGCUACAUUUGAUGCAAAGAUUAACAGUCGCUGUAAAUUUAUCAAUCCUUCUGUGGAAUCAGAUCCCUCCUUGGUCAUUUCCUAUGUCUUGAAGGCUGCUGCAAAGUUGUCGGACUACGUUGUUGCAUCUCCGCAUGUAGCUUCACUCCGAAGGAAAAAUGCAUACCCUUCAGAAAUUGUAGAAGCACUAGCUACUCAUGUACCUGAUUCCCUAGAUAGCAAAGAAGUCGAGGCUGUAUUUAUACCAUGUAAAGGUAAGGAGGUUGUUGAGGCAGAUGCUCUUGAUAUUUCAUCAGGCCGGUAUUACUUGGAUGUUAUUGCUGAAAGGCUCUGCUUGAAGGAUGGCAGUCAAGUGAUGAUAUCCAGGACUCUUGGCAAAGCUUCCUGUGGCUCUGAGUGUAGAGUGUACUCUGCUAUUCCUAAGUUUAAGUCCUCGGAUAAUUCUUCGGAAGUCUCUGGAAGUGCAAAUGAAGCUCGGAAUGCACGAGCAAGUUACAUUUGUGGUCAAGAUAUUCACGGGGAUGCAAUUUUGGCAUCUGUUGGCUACCGAUGGAAGUCCGAGGUUCUUGACUAUGAUGAUGUAACUGUAAAGUCAUUUUACAGGAUAUGCUGCGGUAUGUCACCCAAUGGCAUCUACAAAAUCUCCCGAGAAGCAUUACUUGCUGCGCAAUUGCCUGUUUCAUUCACUACAAAGUCUAGUUGGAGAGGUCCACUCCCGAGGGAGAUUCUCUGCAUGUUCUGCCACCAGCACCGACUAGCAGAUCCUGUCUUUUCCGUAUCUGCUGAUCCUGUGAAAUCGUUGUCUGACAUAUACAGAUCUCACAAGAAGUUGAAGUUCUCCGGAUCUGAUGAUGACGAUGAUGAGAAUUUGAAUAGGGAGAAAGAGGAUGCACCAGGAUUAGUGCAUGGGUAUAGAUGUGAAGUGAAAAUUCUUACGAAGUCCCAGGAUUUGGUUUUAGAAUGUUCACCGAGAAAAUUCUAUGAGAAGGAAAAUGAUGCCAUUCAAAAUGCUUCACUGAAAGCCCUCUUAUGGUUUAGUAAGUUUUUCGAUGAUCUGGAUGUGGGUGGAUCAGAUACAGAUGACGACCAGGAUGUUAAAUCUCCAAGUACUAAUGUUUUUGCGGCUCCACCUAUUCUCGGAAUUGGAGACAGCUCAAAGACCACGAACGUGCCAUCGCGAGAGAAGCGUGUUCAAUCUAUAACAAACGGUUCUGUGGUUAGCAUAUGCUAUUCUUUGUCUUUGGCAGUGGAUCCUGAACACUCGGGUGAGAGUGAAUCUCCAAGCGAAGAUAUUGAAAGCAACGAAGAUAUUGAAAGCAACGUUGAUAUUGAAAGCAACGAUGAUAUUGAAAGCAACGAUGAUAUAGAGUCUGAGGUGGAUGCUGAACAUCCAUGUAAUUGUGAACCUUCAAUAGAUCUCAUUGAAAGCAACGAAGAGUUUGAGUUUGAGGUAGGAACUGGAGCGAUGAAUUCACAUAUUGAAUCAGCUGUUACUCGGAUGACUGUGGGUGAAUAUGCUUCUUUUAAUACCACACUGCCUGCUGCCAAAGCUUUGAUUUUGGCUGCUGCCUCUGAUACUGAGAGAAUCCGCUCGCUCCUAUCAGCACGUCCAACUUUGGAUUACAGUAUACUUUUGUUGGGAGUGAAAGGGCCGACAGAAGAACGAAUGGAGGCGGCUUUUUUUAAACCUCCACUUUCAAAACAGCGUGUUGAAUAUGCAGUGAAACAUAUAAAAGAAUCAUCAGCUUCUACUCUGGUUGACUUUGGAUGUGGUUCUGGAAGUUUAUUAGACUCUCUACUUGACUAUCCAACUUCCCUUCAAACCAUUAUUGGGGUUGACAUCUCGCCGAAAGGUCUUGCCCGUGCUGCUAAGAUGCUACAUGCAAAACUAAACAAGGAAGCUGGCAACGUCAAAUCUGCUACACUUUAUGAUGGCUCCAUCCUCGAGUUUGACUCUAGGCUACACGACAUUGACAUCGGCACCUGCUUAGAGGUCAUUGAACACAUGGAAGAAGAUGAAGCCUGUGAAUUCGGGGUAAAAGUUCUAAGCUUGUUCCGGCCAAAGCUCUUGAUUGUCUCAACACCAAACUUCGAGUACAACACAAUUCUCCAACAGUCUACACCAGCAACCCAAGAAGUGAACCAGCCAGAAGACAAAACCGAGUCACAGCUUCCCAAAUUCAGGAACCAUGACCACAAAUUCGAGUGGACAAGGGAACAGUUCAACAACUGGGCUUCUAAGCUCGCUGAACGCCAUAACUACAGCGUCGAGUUCAGUGGUGUUGGUGGGUCUGGUGAAGUAGAUCCCGGGUUUGCUUCUCAGAUCGCUGUUUUUAAACGAGAAGCUUCACCUGAAGAUAAAGUUGUUGUUGAGAAUGUUGCAGAAGGAUCGAUGCAGCCUUAUAAAGUCAUAUGGGAAUGGAAGAAAGGCAAUGGAGAGAAAAAAGACUGAUCUUUUGGAAUCUGAUGAUGUUCUUCAGCUAUAAAACUCAAAGCUUGUUUAGUUAUUUUGCCUUGGAUAAUGUUCAAAUAUCCAUUGCCUCUAGGCUACUCUACUGACAGUUGAAGUUUUAAAAAGUUAGAUUAAUGCAAAUUACGCUUUUGC